CACCGAUUAAAUCCCUUCAGUCAAAUCCAAACGGCGGUGGAAAAACAAAAGCAUUCUGGUGAUGGCUUGCUUCAAUGGAGUGGGAACAUACUGAUCCCCUUGAUUCCAACAUGGCUUUGCCUCCCCCCGGAAUCCAUGAAAGCCUCAGCCGAGGUUCAAACAACAGCAACAAACCACGGCAUCAGCAGCAGCAGCAGCAGCAUCAGCAGCAGCACAAACGACCGAGGACCAAAGCCAAUGCCCUCUGCGCUGGAUUGGUCCUCGCCGGAUUAUACCAAUUGUCAUUCCUGAGUCCCCUAGGGAGGCAGUUUUCCUUUUCCACGGCAUCGGAUUUUGUCCCGGCGACUGCACCCGCAGCCCUUGCUCCAACGGGAGCAAGCGAAGUCGGAGCCAACAACAUCGGCGAAGCCCUCACCAGCGAACUUCGCACCAGCGAAGUCCGCGGACCACGCAGCCGUCCCUGGCUGGUCCUCCACGUUGGACCACCAAAAACCGCCACAACGACCAUCCAGGACGGGCUGGCAUCGUGGCCAGUGCUGGAAACCCUCGCCGCGGAGGACAACAUUUACUAUCUGGGCCAGAAGCGCGGGCCGAUCCAGACGGUUUUGGUGGACGGCGGCGGCGACGACCGGCCGGCGGCAGAUGGACACAGCAGAAGCAACGAGACCGUCGUUACGCUCUUUCCCAUGACGGAGCUCUUUUCCUUCAAGUUUCGGAACAAGUACAGCUACCUCCUGGAGAUUUUGCGAGAGCACUCGCGGCUCGGACGCAACGUGGUGAUCAGUUCGGAACACUUCACGUCGCACUUUCGCAUGCAGAGCAACGGGGACUGGCUAAUGGAUGGAAUUUUGUUGAGGGGCGAGGGGGGCACGACAUCGACAUCGACAGCGACAGCAACAGCCGCGACGUCGACGAACGAUCCCCUCUUCCACCCCUCCGGCGUUUCGACCGGGGGCGGGACCCGCCGCAUCUAUCCGCCGCGGAAAAAAGGACCCGACGUCGUCCCACGAAAGAAUGCCAAGAAGGGYAAAGCGAGGCGGUCGUCGCGCAAAGUCGAACGAAGGCUCCACGAACACACCAACGCCACACACCAGAGCGACGACGGGGACGAGGACGGCGACGGCUUUGGCUUUCGGGUCAAGGUCGUGGUGACCUACCGGCAUUUUUUCCAGUGGCUGCCCUCCCUGCAUUAUCAGCGGUACCAAGSCUCGAUGGGAAAGCUCUUUGCGGAUCCCGAUGCGGAUCCCAGCAAAGCGGCGCGAGCCGUUCCGGGGAUGGCCGACUACAUCGAAUCCUUUCUGCGCGAAGGGGCCGGCGAAACCGAGAAAGACCUCGAUACCAUUCGUCGGUACCAGCGGCUCUCGGGAAGCCUGUACGCCUACCAAAUGUGGUCCUCCCGGCCCGAGCUCUACGACAAGAUCGACGUCUUUGAUUUCCACCAGCAGCCCUACUACCCGGGCGGGGACGAAAGGGSCAACGCGACCGCCUGGCAAAGCGUCGGGGGCGGCUCAAGGCACGUCCUGCGCGACUUUUGCUGCCAGGUCCUGCCCACGGCGUCAAGCACGUGCUCGUACCUGGUGGACGACGCGGCCUCGGGGCACCCCCUCCAUGCUUCCGUGAAGCGCAAGAGCGUCCAGGGGGCCCUCCUCACCCAGCAGGACCGGGCCCGGAUCGUCCGGCUGGCCCGGUGGAAGGUCCCGGACCUGCUCGCGGAAGCGAGGCCCGGGUGGGAGAAGGCAAGCUUCAGGCCGGAGGACGUCCUCUUCCGGAGGAUCGAGGAGUGGUCUUCCCUGCCUGCAAACGACACCGAAGGAGGCCACGAGAGGGCCCUCCCGACGGUCUGCCCGAGCGAAAACACCCUGCGGAAGCUGAGGGAUCGGUCCGUGUAUUUUCUGGAGGAAAUGGUGCGCCUCGUGAGGGAGCAUUCCCUUUCCCGGAGGAAGCGGCGGAAGCACGCCGGUGCCGGAGGCGGGGCCCAGAGCCUCCACGGCGACGACGACGACGACGACGACGACUUGUUUCGAUCCUCGUACCACCCCGACUCGUCGGCAAGCAGGGACCACCUCCUCCUUUCCCGCCGGUACCGAGAGGAGGACGGCGCCCCUGGCUUGCCCCCGGAAGUCGUGAAAGCCCACGACGCGUCCUUUGAGGAGUACGCUUCGAGCGGGAAAUUCUGCCACGUCGACGUGGACAAGCUCUUUGGCGACGAGGGCUUUGUCGGAUACGUCUUUGGUCCGUUGUAGAGCACGCACGCACACACUUUCGCACUUUUGCACUUUUGCACGCACACACUUUUGCACGGAGCAGCACUGCUGUAAACUACGUACUGUGCUCGAGAACCACCCGGGCACGAACGAACGAUGGGCCGAUUCUAGGUCCAAUGGCACGGCUCUCGUUCCUGCUUGCGUGCAGGAAUUACCGAAAGGCGACUUUGUGCCUGCAUACCUCGGGAAGCAAAGCAAUGGGAAAGCAAUGCAAGAAAGAACCACAAGAAAAAUGAUUGCUGUACUGCCUGUUUCUUGGCAACAACUCGUCCUGCCCUGGUAGAAAACAAGAAACAAGCAAUGGCAACAAGAAACAAAAAAAUGGUAAAAUCGAAUCCUAUUCCAGUAGUUGUUUUUAUGGCAUCGCAAGUGAAGUACGUAGUCUGCCUCAACCCAGCUCUAAAUCAUAAA